AUGCACGGCAUUGAACAUGAGGAUUGUUUAAAUUCGCGCAUUGAAUGGAUGGUGAACAACAAAUUCUUUUCGGACGUAACGUUUAUUGUUGGCCCGGCAAAGCAACGCAUAUACGGACAUAAGCUGCAUUUGGUGACGGCGUCAAAGUUCUUCUACACGCUGUUAUUUGGGGACAUGGACGAAAUGCAACUCGACGAGAUCGAACUGGAAGAUGAAGAUCCGGAAAUAUUUCUAACGAUCCUGCGUCUUAUUUACGGUGCGAAGGUGGAAAUCAAUUAUGAGAACAUGCGUGAUAUUUACGACCAUAUGAGAAUGUACCGGUUGACAAUAGAGUACUACAAACCGCUGAUCGAUUUUCUAACAGAUCAGAUAGUCGACAAGGAUGCGGCGAUGAAGGUUUUCCGAGAAAAUCAUCACUACAAGUUUCAGCUAGUGGAUGAACUAUGCAUGCCAUAUAUCCAAAGCAAUCCACUGUAUCACUUUAAAACAAUUGAUUUUACCCAGCUUGAGGAGGAAAGAUUGCUUAAGAUUGUUGGCUUGCAACAAAUCAACUGCACUGAAGACCAGCUGCUUUGUGCAAUUGACCGAUGGGAAAACGCAAAUCCCCAGUCGGACACGAAGGAGUUCCGGAAGCUUGGGAUGGCAGUUUUACUAUAA